AUGAAAAGUGUCUCAGACGCGGAGCAGCAGCAGGUUGAUGUUCUCCGUCUGAAGAUGUUCACGUUCUUCUUCUUCUUCUGUCCCGGUUUCUUCCUGCACUCCGCUCUGAUUGGACGCUGCACGGCUACAGCAGUGAUCCGGUUCUCAGUCCCGGAGGAUCACCACGUCUGUCUGCAUUGUGGCGGGUCCGACAGCUCCGAUGUGGUCUGGACUCACCGGGACAGGAAGGUGGCGACUCGACGGGGCAGUUACGAGACCAACGUCGACCGCCGACGCUACCUCCUGCAGUCCGGCGGCGGCCUCUGCCUCCUGGGGCUCGACGAAUCAGACGGCGGGAAGAUCCUCUGUAACCAGCAGCUGGUGGCCGAGCUGCAGGUGCUAACAGGCCUUGACUUUGCGGUGUCUGCAGGCCGGACGCUGCUGCUCCCCUGCAGCGACUCCAGGACCAUGAAGAAGUGGUUCCACCAGAGGGAAGGAGCGCGCCGGUGGGCACCCGUCCUUACCCGGUUCAGAAACGGCACGGUGAGAGCAGAGAGGACGCGGCUCAGCCUCGAGUUCGAUGCCCUGCAGAUCGAGGACCUGCGGUCGGAGGAUGCGGGGAGGUACAAGUGCAACGGAGAGCUGCUGGCCACACUCACCGUCCUGGCAGUGCCGCCGGAGCCGACCAGCAACGAGCAAACCACCAGGACGAUCGCAACAGCUGCUGUCACAGACGUGGUUGAGACGAAGACGAAGGAGGAGAAGAAGAGACCUGAGAAUGCGCUGCUGAUGGUGGCGGUCGGCGGCUUGGCGGUAACGGUUCUCCUCAUGGCCGCCGUGUGUGUUUUACUGACCGGCAUGAGGUGCAGGAGGAAGAAGAAACACCUACGUCCAGGUGGCUGCAGACACAGACAGGAAGUGUUUCACAACGCUUUACCCUUGGUUUGGUCUGUCACUUAG